GGCAGAGCGACACACAUAUCCGACACCGGCGCCACCGACGACGCACACCGCACGCAGUACCGCGCGUUUUCCCGACGAACACGUACGGCGAUAACGAUAAUAUUAUAAUAAUUUAUAUUUAUAAUAAUACGAUAAUAAUAUUACGGUACACGACGAUAAAAUACUGCUCGCGACACUGUUUCUUCAUUUUUACGUUUUUUUCAUAAUUUUAUUCGGGUAUCCAUACCUCCUACGGCCGGCCACCGCCGGGACGAGUAACGCGCCCACCACGUGGACGCCACGACGCGCCCGCUAAAUCAUAGCCAGCCCUCUGCCAAGUGAUCACCACAUCUAAGUUUGUUUUUUGACAUGAUUACGAUGGAAAAUCCCGGAUGAUCGAAUUGUCGUUUAUAGUACAAUACGAGUAAAUCCCCGAAAUUAAACAUCCAAUCGUUCGCGCAGUGUCCUCAAAGAACAGAGUGACAACGACGACAGCGACAUGGUAUGCAACACGCAAGAUUUCAACAUGCUAAUUAUAACUCUCGUGAUUUUAUCCUGUUAUUCUCAGGCAUUUUUUGAAGUCAGUUAAUACUAUCGACGACCAGAGCUUGGGACUCUGCAAACUCGAACACAUCUUAUAUGGACGACUAUGAAAACUCGUGGUCACCCUGGUCUGAGUGGUCUUCUUGUUCGAGAACGUGCGAUGGUGGAGCCACUUAUCAACUACGAAGGUGCAAUGCAGUAGUUGGUUGCAAAGGUCACCAUGUUAGAUACAAAAUCUGCAAUAUGGAGCCGUGUCCUGACGGAUUGGAUUUCCGAGCGGUGCAGUGUUCAGCCUACAACGAUCAGCCGUACGACGGUGAGACCGUAGAAUGGCACCCUUACUACGACGAGGAGAGCCCUUGCACGCUGAUGUGCGUCGAUUCCAAGGGUCGAGUGGAAGAAAUGGCCCCAAGGGUGCGAGAUGGCACCAGGUGCAGGCUAGGAUCAUUGGACAUGUGUAUCGACGGCGUGUGUCAGAGAGUCGGCUGCAAUUUAGAAAUUGGAUCAAAGGCCAGCGUAGAUGAGUGCGGAGUCUGCGGCGGAGACGGUACGUCGUGUUCCAAGGAUCUACACCACUGGGCCAAAAUAGGCACGGGUUGUUCAGUGUCUUGCGGUGGAGGGUAUGAAAUGUCCAGGAUAAUCUGUCAGAACCGAGACACGAGUGUUGAAGUGGAUGCCGAUCUGUGUCCUGGUGAAAGACCAAACGGCAACGAUUUAACUGUGGAGUGUAACAGCCAACCAUGCCCUCCCAAGUGGGUGGCUGACGACAACUGGAGUCCCUGCAGUAAAACAUGUGGAGGUGGAAUAAGGGUACGACACGUUUAUUGUGUGGAAGAAACAAAUGGCACUAGAACAAAGGUAUGGCAUCACAUGUGUCACGGGCACAAGCCUAAAAUACAGGAACAGUGUAACAUCCAACCUUGCUAUGCAGAAUGGUCUACAGGUGAAUGGUCUAAAUGUUCGGCGACUUGUGGCGAUGGAUUGCAGAUAAGGAACAUAACUUGCAAGUCAAAACAAAAGUACUUGACUUGCGACCCAAUGACUGAGCCCAGGCGAACCAAAACUUGUUCGGCGAACUUACCGUGUUACCAUGACAAUUUAGACGCAGACUCGGAUUUCCAAGUGUCGUCAAAAUCGAGUUUUUCACAAGCCCACGCUCAGCGAUUGGUUGGCCAACAAAAAACUUCUCCGCAUACACAGUUCGUUGCUGACAAUUGGAGCCCAUGCAGUGUUACGUGCGGUGAUGGUAUCAGGACAAGGAAAGUGUAUUGCAAAGCUCAUUUAGAUUACACCCAGAUCAUGACGAAGUUAACAGACGACGCGUGUGUGGGUCCCAAACCACCGGAGGUCGAAAAAUGCUUUUCGGUGCCCUGCUCGUUGAAUAAAAUAUUUGAUCAAAAUGAGAGGUCCAUCAGAGACGGAUACGCAGAUGCCAGCUCUGAUGAUUUCAAUCCACCGAAAGUCGCCCCCGGUUCGUUUGGUAAAACAUACUCUUGGAAAAGAGAGGGCUUUACGCAUUGCAGUGCUUCUUGUCUUGGAGGCGUACAAGAAUCAUUGGUGCUAUGUAUACGCGAAGAGGACAAGAAAAUUGUUUCCCCGUAUUUGUGCUCUCGGAACGAUCAGCCCGAAGUACUGACGCAGACAUGCAACGAUCAACCUUGUCCACCUCGGUGGAAUGUUAGUGAUUUCCAGCCCUGUUCACAAAGCUGCGGAAUCGGGCUUCAGAUGCGUGAGGUCAACUGCAUACACGAGGUGACCGAAGGAAACACAGCUAUUGUGCCGAACAAUAUGUGUCCUCAACCCCCGCCCACGGACCGGAAGCAAUGCAACAUGAUUGACUGCCCCACAGAAUGGCGGACUUCCGAAUGGUCGAAGUGUAGUAAAAAAUGUAACGGUGGCGUCAAAACCAGAGUGGUGGAGUGUGUGCAGAGGAUUGCUCAUGGGCACAUCAUAAACCGGCCAGACACGGACUGUGGUACAGACAAACCACUCGACAGUAGGUUGUGUAAUCCAAACGCUUGCAGCUCGCAAGAAGCAGUUAUGGUUUCAGACGUGGCUCAAAAAUACGAACAGUCCACCACCGAGGAGGAUGUUAUGCUCAAAGUUGGUGGUGAGGCUACAGUGUAUAGAGGGGUGGAAAUGAAGAUGCGAUGUCCCGUUAACAAGAGAGGAAAAAUACAGUGGUCAAAAGAUGGUCAGCCGUUGCAAAAUGGCAAGAAGGUCCGGAUAUCGAAAAAAGGUAUACUCAAAAUCCGAACCACUACAUAUUCAGAUCGAGGGACAUAUACGUGUAUGGCUGGUAAUGCCCAAGCUACAAUGAACAUCAACAUUAAACCCCAGCCGGGAGAAUUUCCAAGUUCCGAAGAAAUCGACAAGCCUUUGAACCAACAAGAUCCAGGCACAAAUCCUUCGUAUGCAAAUCCACAAGGAAUAGAACCGUCAUUUGACAUCAGCCACGAACGCAUCAAAGGUGAACACAAUCGCGAACAGAAACACAAACAGUCACGACAGAAAACUACCACUAUGCAAUCAACCGUAACGAAUACGGCGUCUUCCGAAAAGCACGUAGUGGAAACAGAGAAAAAUGCUAUAGACGUCUCCCCAAAACCCACCACUUCCGGAAGUUCACGAAACUUGCCUCACCUUCACAGUCUUCUUUUUAACCUCAAGGCUCUAUGGCCAUUUCAGGGUGUGAGCAACGCACGAGUGAAUAGAAUGUUUAUGGAAGAACCGGCGAAUCCACCAGCAGAAAUCGAAACCAGCACUGAGGAAGACAUGUUCGGUAAACCUGUUUUGCUCGGCAAAGGUGACCGGAAAAGUGUGAAAUUUGAAUGGGUCAUCACAGAAUGGUCGGACUGCUCUCCGCCUUGCGGGGGCAAUGGUUUUCAGAUGAGAGCAGCUCACUGCAUGGUCAAACUAAACAACAUGACACAAAGCGUAGACAAUAAUUUAUGCGAAGAUGCUCGGCUGCAAACGCCUGUGACCAUACAAAAGUGCGAAACGGAUGAUUGUCCGCAGUGGUCAGUGACUGAAUGGAAACCGUGCGAGGAGUCCAAAUGUUUCACCUGGAAUACUGCCAUGCAAAGGCGAAACGUGUACUGUCAGAAUUCGGAUGGAGCCACUAUAUCGGACGAAGCGUGCCACGGAAUCGAAAAACCGGUGAACCGGAAGGAAUGCUACAACGAUCAGUGCAAAGGCACUUGGAAAGUAGGCGAAUGGUCCGAGUGUACAGCAUCAUGCGAAAAGGACGGACUAAGGUAUCGAAUAUUGCAAUGCGUCUGGUAUGGCACCAAUAAGCCAGCCGGGACCGCCUGUCGUGACCAACCUAGGCCACCGGUGAUGAAGACUUGCACGGGACCGCAGUGCACAACAAAAGAUGAAUGUAUAGAUCACAGCAAACACAACUGCAAGAACGUAAAACAAAUGAACAUGUGUCAUUUGCGUCAAUACCAAACACAAUGUUGUCUUUCGUGUUCAUAAACACAUCACCACUGUAAUUUUAUUUUUCUAUUUCAAUUUUUUUUCUAUGUUUUAAUGUGUUAAUGUGUUAAUAAGUAUUUUAGCAUUCAUUCCGUUGUACAUAACUAUUAUAUACGAUGAGUUACAAUAAGUUUUAAAGUGUAACGCACGUCUUGUUGAACUAAUAUUUAUAUUGUUAAGUAGGUGAAAUAUUGUUUUAAUUCGAUUUUGAAUGUGUGCUGGUGACUGCAUAUGAUAUUUUGUACACUAGAGUAUACUAUUAUAUAUUGUUCGUAGUGAUCUAUUUUUUUAUUGUUCUGUUUUCGAAUAGUCACUAAGUACGUACUAAAGCAGAAAUCGCCAACUAUUAUGGGAAAGAGGAGUACUAAUAACUUAAAUUGUGGUUAUGAAAUUGUUUUUGACUUUCCUCAAACUAGUUUAAUUAAAAUUUAAUUUAUAGUUAAUAUUACAAAAUUAUUUAACAAUUUUUUUAUUUUUUAUUUAAGAGGUAUUUGUAAUAUCUCGAAAAUUUAACAACUGUUUCAUAUUUAAAACUUCAUAACAUUUUCAAUUUAAACAUUUAAAAUUUGAAAAUGUGAUACAAUGUCCCUUUGAAGUUGUUCUUAUAUAGCUAUACAAUAUACAUUCACAAACGUCAAAAUGACAUGUGCAUAGUUUUAUUUGAUUACCGUUUCAAGUUCAAAUCGUCUUACUCCUUUGCUCAGUGUAUUCAAUUUAUAAAACUAUAUCUAACAGAAACAAAUUAUCCGGUUUUCAAUAUUUAUUUUUAAAAUUAUUAUAGUUAGUUGUUUGUCAUUUACGCGCAAAAACUUCAUAAGAAAUAAGGAAUUUUUUUCAGUUAACACUUUUA